GUCUUUUUCGAGUUGCACCCAACACCACACGUUCUCUCUCAACGCGAUGCCCGACGAUCAGGACGCUCUGAUAUCUCUCAAUAGCCACCCAAUAUUUUCUCUACCAAAAGAAUUCAGUGGGCCUCUUGCUCAACCGGAAUCUUCAUUGGAAUUAUCCACCACCACGCUGUCAAAGUUCAGAAAUGACAGCCCCAGUCAAGAUGGGCCUACACCAUCUGGACGACGACAAAUCAUGGUUCUACGCGACUCGGAUGUCAUAGUUGCUGCAGGAAAGGAAAUCAGGAUGACGCACCUAGGCGACGGAAAAUUCAGCCACAGUACUGAGAAACAUUACAAGACUCUGAAUACACCCAACCUGCAGUUCGAAAUACACCAUAUAUCCCUAAAUCCGGGCGGAAAACUCCUUGCUGUUGCAGGCGCAUCUCAAGUCGCGGUGAUUGUACUUCCACGCUCUGGAUUCUUGAGGCUGGUUCCCAACAAGUUGGAUUGCAAGUCUGUCCAAGUUGGUCAAUAUCAUCAUGCAUCAGAUAUUUCGCCGCCUAUUGCCAAGAUACAAUGGCAUCCUUGGGGAGAGGCUGGUACUACGCUGAUGGUCAUGACAGUCGACGGAAAGCUUAGAGAAUAUGACAUCUCAGUCGACGCUGAGGACCCCCUGCAAGUACUGUCCUUUGUUCCAGACAAGAAACCUGGGAGGUCAUAUCUUGCUGAAGACCCAGCAGAUCGCGAAGUAGCUUCUUUCGAUUUGGGCAAAGGGAAAGCCGACUGGGGUCCUUUAACAAUAUACGCCGUCAUGAAAUCCGGAGACAUAUAUUCCAUAUGUCCCUACAUGCCAAAAAACGCUUCCAUACCUUCUGCAUAUGUCCAUUCGUUGGAAUGCUUCAUCUCAGCAAAACUUGAACUUCUGUCCCGCGGAAGCACGUCUGCCGCGUCUAAAAACCUCAGCACCAUCUACGACUAUCAGCAAAAAUAUGUAUCGGCUUUGGUGAAACAGCUUCCUUCAGGCAGCGUGUUCCCCGCUACCUCGCGUUCCGUCCCCAUGCACCCGCCCACUACCAUGAAGGCGUCGCCCACGCGCCAGGGUCCGUUCUUAUUGCAACCUUCGCCACGGAUGCUAGAGCAUAGCGAUGGUGGUGAUGCGACAGAUAUAGCCUAUCUUGCCUUCGGUGAUAACAAUGAAGAGGAAGACGGAGGUGAGACAGAGCAUCUAGGCGUCGUGAUGAUUGCAUAUCAGGAUGGGCGUGUUGAUCUUUGUCUCGAUGUCGAAAAGGUGGAAGCCCGGUGGAGCAAUAAGUCAAGCCGAGGGUUACCUAUGCUCGCCGUAUAUGAGACCAUCGAUCUUGGGCUAGUUUCCAAGCUACGGUCAUUAUCCCCUCAACUCCUCGAUCUUCUGCAGGGUAAUCAUCCAGUAUUCGUCGUCGAUCCAAUCCACGACGAUACCAUAUACGUAUACCAUGCUCUUGGGGUCCACGCUCUGCACCUUGAGUCAGUACUUCAAAGUCUUGCUUGUGCCCUACGUGCCAACGAUGAUGAAGUGGACGCAACUCUAACCGAAGCGUUGCAGCAGUCGACUGUUACCAACGUGCAACCCAUUCUAUCCACCUUUUCAGUAGAGAAAAAGUGCUCCAAUCCAGUGGUGGCUGUUACCAUUCCCGACAAUGUCUAUCUAACCUACAGCAUCUUCAUUUUGACAUCUGCAAUGAGAAUCACAACAUUCAAUCUUGUUCUACGAUCGGAAUCACCUCGAUCACGAGCCGAAAGCUUACCGCCAGUCGCUGAUGGAGAUGAGGGGAAGGAGAAGGACAAAUGGCUGAAGCCCGCUGAGGGUCCAUCUACGUACGUCUCAUUGCUUGGGACCGAGCCAUUCCAGCCAGGAGCUAUUCUUUCCCGGCCAUCGGGGCUUCCUUCAAAUCCUACAUUGUUAUUGCCUCCAUCUGCGAGAAGCGAAUUACUGUUGACCCCGGAGACUUUGCGCUACUUAGCCAACACGGUUGCCGAGCUCACUAAUCAAAUCCAUGAGAUUCAUCUCGCACAUCGACUGUCAGAAACACGGGCAGGACUACAGGGGCUUGAACUCAGGCGGUUGUGCGAAAAGGCGGCGGAGCUUAACACUCUAGUGGAAAGACUGAAGGGUCCGGAUCUCGAUGCUAGCAAAGCUCGUAUCCAGACAGUCCAGGAAACCCACAAGAACUUGAUGUCCAGACUGGACCGUAUGCUACAGCAUAUGAUGGACAACGCAUCACCCGAGCUUAGUGAACAUGAAACAAAAUGGUUUGAAGAGCUGAAAAGAAUGAAGCAAGAGGUGACAGGCGUAGGAAGAUACGAUGGAUCUUCCCUCUCAGCUAGGGCGGAAAUGAUACAGCGAGAGUAUGCUCGUGUACUUCCUGAUUUGAAAUCACUGUUGGAGAAAGAACAAGCGUGGAAAGCCAAACAUGCUCAAACCAGUCAGAUCCUCGGAGUUUCUCAAGCGUUUGAGUUUGGGAAGAGAUCCACCUCCGAGCAAACGAGGAUCGCUCAACUUGAACACGAUGUCAGCGAACUCGCAACAAGACUCGAUAUUACUCUUUCCAAACCUCCAGAUGCAGAACAUUGAUCUGCUCUUCUUUCGGUCUUUCAUCGUGCUGU